AUCAUUGACUGACCGCCUCUUUACUUCUCUUGAGCGCUCUCAUUCAUUUCGUUCCUUCUUCUUCUCGAUGCCCCUUUUGCAUGAAUUGUAACACUAUCGCAAAGCAGUAAUGUCCUCAUUCCACCUCUUCCCCAAUCUCCCCACCGAGCUCCGCCUCGAGAUAUGGAGGGCGUACUUCGCCAUCUGCCACGGCACGCAAAUCCACAUCUUCCUCUCCACGCCCGACGGCCCGAGGUACGUCAACCAGGACGCUGCCACGGGCGCCGAGGGCCACGAUACCCUUGCCGGAGCGAGGAUAUGCGCCGACGCGUGGGAUGUGUUCCAGGAGCGCUUCUAUGUGGGCGAUAUGCGCUGCUUGCAGCCUGGUGGUGGACGCACUGCUACUAUCUCCACUUCUACUAUUCCUAUAAAUAGUACUGCUACUAUUAAUGCUGCAGAAGAAGAGGAGAAGCGUCGGCGGUAUACUACCCGCUUCGCCGUCAGCAGUCAAGACAUGAUGUACAUCAUCGACACAAAAGUCAGCCCCAUCCUGAUCGCGCUGAGCAGCGCGCCGUGGUUCCGCCGCGCCCCGCGCAUCGCCAUCCAAGUCUUCAACUUCCACACCCCCACGCCCAACCCGGACUUCCUCCCGGACCCGCGGCCCUACCCGCAUAACCUCGACUACUGGGGGCGCAACUGGGUCCUCUGGAACCGUCUGCUCUCGGCUCUCCCGGGGAACGUGCGGGAACUGAUGAUGAACGAAGAGCUUGAGCAGCUCCUGUUCGUGGUGGUCCCGAAUAAAGAGAUUCACCGCACCAAGUAUCUACGACCGAAUUGCUAUGGUUUUCAGGUCGUGGAUCCGGAAUCGUUUGCGCUCGGGAGCGCGGACGAGACGAAUGCUGUUAAUGGCCAUGCGGGACUCAUGUAUGCGAGGGUCCAUAGGGCGUUUGAGAGGGACGUGGGCGUCGAGAGGAAGAUUGGGUAUGUUGCUGAUGCGGUGCUUGCGAGGGCUGGGUUUAGCUGUCUUGAUGAGACGCUCGGGAGUAAUUAUUAGGGCGAUCGGGUGUUGGGGGGUGAGGUGCGUGUGUGCGCUUGGUGCGAAUACGCUGGCUGGCUGGUCAGGGUUUCUGACGAAGGCACUACAGUUUUCGACUGUGUUCCGUCUCGAUUCAAUGAAGUGCUUCGGCAAAAGGCAUAACAGAGGUUUUAAGUUCAG